AUGGUAUACUGCGGGCGCAGCCGGGGUUGUUUUCUGUGCCGCAAGCGCAAGAUCAAGUGCGACGAAGCGCUUCCCGAGUGUGGCAACUGCCGCACCUACGGACGGCCGUGUCCGGGGUACAGACUCGAGUCUAUCUUCAGGAACGAAACGUCCAAGGUUGAACAACUUGUCAAAAAGACCAACGGCGUCCCUCUCGGCGGUUAUCGGGGACGCCGACGAGACUCGACAACCCCAUCACUAAGCCUGUAUCAUGUCGCCGACUCUACCUGGGAGGAGCGCGCUGUCUGCUAUUUCUUCGACCAGUAUACCUCUGUCGCAGAAGACGAUAAUCAGGCAAUAAGCCAUCUGUCCUUCUUGCCGUCGUUGUAUGCUUUCUGUCGAGAUAAUGAGCCUGACAGUCUGACGGCUAGCUGUCUGCGCCAUGCCGUUGAUGCGACGGCGUUGAUGGCACUGACCAACGAUGUCAAUGCGCCUUCGCUUGCUUUGCGUGCUAGAGAGUACUAUGGGCAUGCGUUGCGUGGGUUGAGGCAAGCUCUGGCUACGCAGACGCAGGCUGUCAAGGACGAGACUCUUACGACUAUGGUCUUGCUUGCGCUGUUUGAGGAUAUCACUGGGGAACGGAAUGGGCUUGCAAGCUCUCAUUCGGCGGGCUUUGAGCUGCUCAUGAAGCUUCGUGGGCAAGGGCAGCUUGGUCAUGCGCAGGGGAGGGACUUGUUCCAUUUCGCAUACACACAUACCCACGUCGAGAUCUUAGUCCUCCGCGAGAGACCACGCUAUGAUACAGACUGGAUAGCGGAGAGCCUAAACAGUACAGACCCAAUCGCACGACUCAUCCUUGUAGCGUCCAAGCUCAGCCAGCUAUUCCUCGCAACGUCCUCCCUCCAAGCCUCAGCAGCAGGCUCAACUCCCGCCUCCUUCCCUCCAGACGGAGCCUCUCAAUUAAGCCUCCUCCUCCUCACAUGCCGCCAAAUCGAACUCGAACUCACCUCCUGGAGCCAAGACCUGCCCGAAUCCUGGCUCCCCCUUGUCAUCUACGCCGAUAAAAACACCACCCGCGAUCCCCUAAUCACCUACCACCACCUCUCCAUCGCCUCCGUCUGGACCUACUACCGCGCCGUCCGGAUAGUCUCCCACCUCAUAACCGCCGAACUCCGCCGCACCCUCGCCCUUGCGACGGGCGACUCCAACGUCUUCGACAACGACGACCUCUCAUCCUCAACAACCCCCUCAACCAUCCAAAGGCAAAUCGCCGACAUCUGCCGUAGUAUCCCCUUCUGUGUCGGCGACGUUGACAUCAUGGGCAAUCCCACGACUGCCCCCUCAUCCUUCUCCUCUUCCUCAUCCGAGGCGAAACCGCGCGCUCGCGCGUUCUCGGUGUAUAGUAUGAUCUGGCCGCUCUGGUAUAUCCUCUCUUCUGGCUUAGCGACACCGGAACAGGCGGAUCAGCUUCGGAAUUGCCUUGCAAGGAUCGGUUCCGAUCUGGGGAUCCGACUUGCAUCUGUUCUCGCGAAGAAUGCGGACGCGCGGAGGGUGUCUGUUGGGAUUGGGAUUAGCGUUGCCGGUACAGUUGCGAGCGAAGGCUCAUGA